AGCACGUUAUCGUGCCACGGUCAACGGUGCCUAUUGUUUUUGUAAUGAAUAAUUAUUAAAAAUAACCACUAUAUUACUUGCUCUGUGAUAAUAACAAACAUAACUACUACAGGAUAUUCUUUUGCUAGUAAUUUUAACACGUUACCUACUUAAAUGAUAUAAUUUUUACAUACUUAUUACAUUUUGGUUAGUUUUUCUAUCAGUGCGUAAAUUGCAUUAAAAUUAAUUCUAGUAAAAGCAAGAACUAGAUUCAAUAAAAUAAUGACAACUAUGGACGAGGACGAUUUAUCAUUCUACGGUAAAGAUCCAGGAGCAACAAGAUUUGGAAAUUUUAUAAAUUACUACUCAUUCCACAGUGCGAACGAAAGGCUCAAACAUUUUCAUACGUCUAUGUUUCCAGAAUUCGAUUUAAAUGAUACCAAUUUGAUACUUGAUAUUGGUUGCAAUUCUGGAGAACUUACAAUUGAAUUUAAAAAAUUCUUGGAAAAUUUAUAUCCAGAGUUGAAAUUUCAAGUUUUAGCUAUAGAUAUUGAUCCAAUAUUAAUCAAAAGGGCCAAAUUAAAUAACCCAGAUAACAUUUCAUUUGUUGCAUGUGACAUUAUGACUGAAUGUGGCAAAAAUAUACUUCAAGAUUAUUUGAAUAAAUAUAAUAAACACAGUUUUGAUGUAACAUUCUGUUUUUCCGUUACAAUGUGGAUUCAUAUAAACAAUGGAGAUGAUAAAUUCUUAGAAUUUUUGAAAUAUAUUAAACUUAUUUCAAAAUCUAUUGUCAUAGAGCCACAACCAUGGAAAUGUUACAGAAAUGCGCAAAAAAGAAUGAAAAGAGCUGGAGCAAACUUUGAUUUAUUUACUUCUCUUAACAUAAGAAAUGAUGUCCUUUCUGCUAUAGAAAAAACUGUUACCGAUACACACAAGAAAGUUUAUGAAUCUUUAUCAUCUCCCUGGAACAGGACAAUUCAAAGCUAUCACUUACUUGAAAGCAAUUUAUAGCAGUAAGUUUAUGAUGCUAAGUAAAAGCUAAAACUACAAUUAUAUUGACUAAAUUGAACUGGGCACAGUUUAAAAUGUCCAUGUUUAAAAAAUAAUAUACAAAUUAUCAACAUGUACAUGCAAAAUCUUUACAUUCUUCAAAUAAUACUUAUGCUAAUCAACUGGACUUCAGAAGAUAUCAAAAAUAAAACAAAUUUCAACAUUUAUAUUCUUUAAGUAGGAACUUCUUCAGUGCUGGAUUCAAAUUCUAAUUUCACAUCACCACCUAAUUCUUCAGUAUCCAUUUCUGUCUCCUGUGCAUUGAGCAUGUUCAAUGUUACCUGCUAAAUAAGAAAUAUUAUGUAUUAAACAAUAAUAAUUUUUUUACAAAAAUAAAUUAUUUUUUUAAUUUGAAA